AUGUCAAGCGAAUCUAAUAAUAAAAGAACGGUGCGCCUUCAAAUCCCUGCCUCAAAUUCAGAUGAAACUACGCAACUUCCUAGUUUAAAAGCUUCGAGGCAAUUGGCUCUUGACAAAAUUGUUAACGAAAUUGGAAUGGGAAAAUUUCAAAAACAACUUUUGUUUUUAUGUGGGUUAGGAUGGCUUUCUGAUAAUAUGUGGAUUCAGUGUGUAGUAGUCAUAUUACCAAGAAUCAGAGUACAUUAUAAUGUGAAUGAAAAGUUUAUUGGCGUAUUAUCUAGCUCUAUGUCUACAGGCAUGAUGAUAGGAGCUUUGUUUUGGGGUGUCCUUUCCGACACCUAUGGCCGUAAAAAGGCCUUUAAUCUUACCUUGUUUUUCACCGCCCUUUUUGGCAUCAGCUCGGCCUUUACGCAAAGUUUCGUCCAGCUAUGCAUUCUAUUAUUUCUUACGGGAUUUAGCGUUGGUGGAAAUAUGCCUGUUGAUGGUGCCUUAUUCCUGGAAUUUAUACCAAAAUCCCAUCAAUAUCUUCUUACUUCAUUGUCCAUCUUCUUUUCAUUUGGUGCCGUUCUUACUUCAAUUUUUGCUUAUUUGGUUUUACCCCAGAAUAGUUGUGUAGAAUCAUUUAAAAAAAGUUGUAAUGUUAAUGAACAUAACAAUGGUUGGAGAUACAUGUUAGGUAUUCUGGGAAUACUGACUUUCAUAAUGUUUGUUUGUCGUAUAAUAUUUUUCCGUCUUCAAGAAUCACCAAAGUUUCUUAUCUCACAAGAUCAAAUACACGAUGCUGUCGUUGUCUUACGCAAAAUUGCUAAAAUAAAUGGAAAUCCUAUAGAUAUUAAAGAAAGUGAUAUCCAAUCUGCAGCUAUGAAUUCGAAUUCCAAUUAUACAGAAUCAUUUACCAGUGAUGCUCCUCAAUCUCAAGUUGGAUUUUUUUCUGAUCCUAUGCAAUGGUUUUCGUUAAAACUUAAUCCGAUCAAACCACUAUUCAGUAGAAGAUGGAUUAAAACAACUAUUCUUGUGUGGGCCAUUUGGACACUUGUCGCUUUUGCUUAUGUUAUGUUUAAUGUUUUUUUACCUACAUAUUUAGAAUGGCUAGGUUUGGGUGAUGAUGAGGAUACUGAUGGUAUAACUUUAAUACGAGAGGUAUUAAGAGAUUAUGUGAUAUACUCUAUUUGUGGGAUUCCAGGCUCUAUAUUCGGAUCAUUCCUUAUUGAAACAAUAUUAGGUCGCAAGGGUAGUAUGGCUAUAGCGACUUUUGGAACUUCUCUGGCAGUAUUCAUGUUCUCUACUGUCCGUUCUCGUACCGGUGAAGUUGUUUCUUCAGCAGUUGUCAGUCUUUUGGCGACUCUUAAUUAUGCUGUAAUAUAUGGGUACACACCUGAAGUAUUUGAAGUUAAACUAAGAGGUACUGCAUGCGGAAUUAGUUCAGCACUUGGAAGAAUGUAA